UACACGCGCACACUCUUGUCUUGUGUUUUCUCGACUGUGGAUAUUAUGGUGGCGAUACGGCUUUUGGGUCAGACCUUUUGUCGUCUGGCUAAAGAAACAUCUUUACAGAUAAAGUUAAGCAGGAGUCGCGUUUUAAAGAUGAGUGCAAGCAUGCGGCAGGUGAAUAGAGACAUGAGUAGACAGACGCAGGCGGUGUCUGAUGGGGAACUGAAUGUCCAGCAGUUGUCCAGCGCCGGUGGAAGCAGUUCUAGUCUGUCCGAGAGCUGCAGCAGGUCAGGAGGCCCUCAUGGUCCCGAGGGUCCGGCCAGCAGGGUGGUCAGCUGGGCGGUGUGUUUUGAACGGCUGCUUGAAGACCACGUUGGUGUGCGCUACUUCACCGAGUUUCUCAAAUCCGAGGUGAGCGCUGAGAAUAUUCUGUUCUACCAAGCCUGCGAAAGAUUCAAGAAAAUCCCAACCACCAAACUGAAUGAGCUGAAGAAAGAGGCGCGCUCCAUCUAUGACACUUUUCUGUCGGAAAGCUCUCUGCAUGCGGUUAACAUCGAUGAUACCGCCCAGACGGAGGAAACCUCCCUGGACACGCCAACACCUGACAUGUUCGAUAAAGCCCAGCAACAGAUCUUUAAGCUGAUGAAAAUGGACAGCUAUACUCGUUUCGUGCGCUCUCAGCUCUAUCAAAACUGUAUGUUGGCCUGUGUGGAGGGUCGUCCUCUGCCCAACAUCGGAACUCCAGAACCCAAGAGUAAAGCGUCCAAAAAGACCUCCACACCCCCCAGUAACAGAAAGAGCGUCGAGCUAAAAGCCCUGUCAUCAGACAGCAAAAGCAACAGGAAGAAGAGGUUAGAGAAGAGAGGAUCAUGGGGAGCAGACGGGUCGUACCAGCAAGUGACGGUGUCACAUAAAGAGUCUCAGAUCUCUGUGAAGUCCAGCAGCAGUCUUGAGUUAGUCUCUGGAUUCGGCCGAACUGAGAAUGUCCGCUGCAGUGUGUCCAUCUCUGAUCCAGAGACUUUGAGUUCUACAGCAGUUAAGUACUGCUGCGUCUAUCUGCCGGACGGUACGGCCAGCCUCGCACCGGCCAAACCGGGUGUGACUCUCCGAGACAUGCUGAGCAGUCUGUGUGAGAAGAGAGGAUUCCCUCUGACAGACGUCUUCAUCUACCUUCACGGCAAAGACAAGCCUCUUGCUCUAGAUCAAGACAGUUCUGUGUUUGGAGAUCAACAGCUCAAUUUGCAACUCAAAGUUACUUUUGUACUGGAGGUUUUGUUUUCUGGAAGGAAGUUAGGAAUCAUCACAAAGUCGAGUAAGAAUUUGGUGGACGUGAUUUCUGCCGUCCUGCAGAAGCAUCAGCUGCGGCCGCAGGAUGUACAGGUCACAAUGAGCAGCUCAGACGAACCUUUAAGCAUGAGCACCAAUGUGUACCGUCUGGCCGGCAAAACUUUGUGUUUGGACCGAGUUAAAGUCGGUUUGGAGACUCGAGAUGGUUCACCAGCACCCAGAGUUAAUUCUAGAACCAGACAACUCCAGGAGAUGGACGGUCUUGUCGAGAUGUUGUCUCGUGCCCAGUGCAGUCGGGUGGAGGACCAGCGAGGUUUACUCACCAAAGAACAGCUGGAGUUACCGAAGUUCCUGCAGCUGUCAGCAGGAAAUGGAACUCUGACUUCCUGUGACGCAUCACAAGAUGAACUUUGUGUUCUUUGAGACCUGGAGAACUCUUUAAGCAUCUUAUAAACGGAGGAUCUCUACGAUUACUGCACUGUGUGUGUGUGCAUGCGUGUGUGUGUGUUUGUGUGUGUAUUAACACACAGACAUAAAUGAUGGCGCUUGGCCAUCCAGCGACGCAAGAUGAUGGUCACUUUGAGAAAUUCCCUUUGAUUAUUUUUUAAAUCGGUCAAACUACAUGUAGAGAUUUAUCUGCCAAAAUAUACUUGUAUUUAUUUUUUAUAUCAGAUCGUAUUGUGUGCCAUAUCAAGCGUGCUCUUUGUAUUUGAAUCCCGUUAGCAUGACUUUAUAUUGAAUAUUUUAUGUUCACUAUGAAUUUGGUGUGAUUAAAAAAUGCAUGAGGUGGUGUGGGACGUGGCACGGUGUGGUUUAUCUCUUUACGCGUCGUAUGGCAACAAAGUCUGAUAUGAUAUGAAAUGAAGCAUCGCUCUGAAAUGAACAUUUCCUAAUGUCCCAAACCUCCUGUCUGAUUUCUGACCUACAAUAUGUGAGAUGAGAUGGUGUGUGCCGUUUUAAAGCUUUAUCUAUGAAGAUAUACUGUAGUAUGAUCUCUGAAGAGUUGGAUAAGAGCACAUUUUAUGGAUUUAUGGUCAUAUUUUGGCUUUUAUAAAGCAUGAUGAUGCAUUCUCAUUAUUGUUUAGAACAAAAGCGAAAAGUCUCUGUUCUCGAGAAUGUGCGUGUCAU